GACCCGGAAGUGGGGCGGUACUCCUGUUUUGCUGUCGAGUCACCUCUGUCAGGAUGGAGGAAAACGAACUGCUAUUAUGCUAAAUAACGAAGAUCUGUAUAGCCGAGCAUCACAGAUCGGUAUAAUUAGACAAAAGUCACCGUCUACUGUUAGAGCUUCGUCGUUUCAGUAAAGCUUUGCCAAAAUGAUGGAAGAAAUCGACAGGUUCCAAGUCCCUCCAGUCAACGGGGAGACACAGCCUCUGGAUCCAGCAGCAUCCUCCACCUCAGAGGCAGACCCUGAUGCCAAAGGGGAGACUGUGGCCAUGAACUACAAACCCUCCCCACUGCAAGUCCAAAUAGAGAAACAAAGGGACCUUGCCAGGAAGGGCUCGGUGAAGAAUGGCACUGUGGGAAGUCCUGUCAAUCAACAACCCAAGAAGAACGCAAGGACAAGAUUGGUGGUGCCAAACAAAGGCUACUCCUCCUUAGACCAGAGCCCUGACGAGAAGCCCCUCGUAGCACUGGACACUGACAGCGACGAUGACUUUGACAUGUCCAGAUACUCCUCAUCAGGAUACUCCUCAGCCGAGGUGAGAUGUCUGAGGGACCAGCAAAUAAACCAGGAUCUGAAUAUCCAGCUCCUGAAGGAUGGGUACCGCCUCGACGAGAUCCCAGAUGAUGAGGACCUGGACCUGAUCCCCCCUAAAGCAGUCAACCCUACCUGCAUGUGCUGCCAGGCUGCUCCCUCCACAGCCUGUCAAAUCCAGUAGCACCAUUUCCCCCCUUUACAAAAAAAAAAAAUUAAAUAAAUAAAAAUAACCAACCCUCCUGUCUGCCACUUGCACUGAGAGCCAACGUUCCACAAGAAUGGUGGCAAGGAGGAGUCACUUUGAUAAACUACCGGCUGGAAAUGGCACAAAGGGAAAAUAUGGGUUUAUAAUGUUACAGCAAGAAACGGAAAAUAGGUCGCGUCUGGAGAAAAAAGGGUCAAUGUGUACAGAUUCCUUUGCACGUUCCUCCUAUGGUAGGAUCUGUGCAUAUCACUCCUGCAUUGUUGGUUUAACCGGGACUCGAUGAAGGCAGAAACAUUACCUCUAAGGAAAACGGAUAACGUUCCUUUUUGUUCUCCUUUUAUUUCACCCUGUCUCAAAGUUGUGGAUACUUUGGUUUAGAAGGACCAUAAAGGACUGUGUGAAGUUUUGGAGGAACACAAAUGACAAAAUGGCAUGACUGGAACUCAUCGUAGUGGUGACAUGAUGACAUUACUGCAGCAGUGUAUCAUACCAGGAGUCCGUGGUUGAGAGACCGAACAUUUUGUAGAGGCCAUGUUUUUCUCUUUUCUCUUUUCUAAUUUCUUUCAGCCAGUCUGCUUUGUCUUCCUGUGUGUAUAUACUGUAUGUGACAAACAUGAAAACGAUGUGUGUAUCAGAUUAUGUCCAGGAAAGUAGUGCUAAAACAUCAAGCAGCUUAAAAUGCUCAAAGUCACAACACUGAGACGAUUUUGUCCCAGUUUUUUUUUUUUUUUUUUUUUUUAACGUCUGUUUCAUCAAGGUUGCACUGCUUAUGUGUUUCAUAUUCAGUUAAAUGAAACGGAUAGUUCUGCAUGUUGCCUGUUAACACUGUUUCCUAACGACCAGCCUGUGCAGAUACUUAAUGAGUUUUUAUUGACUCGUAAACACAUCUCAUGUGCCGAUAAGACAUUACGUGAGGUGAGCUUUCAGAGAAGUAGACGUAUUUAGGUUCACCCACUGUAAUUUCAGUAGACAUAGAGGUAACAAUUAUUUACAACCAAUGGCUGAACAGCUCAUCCGUUAGUGUGCACUUGUGUUAGUCCUGAGUGAUGUUGACAUGAUCAAUAAGGCCGUUGCCAUUAGAGUAAUGUAUGUGGAUAUGUGAGAAGUUGCACAGUUUGGGUUAUGCUCAUGGUGGUAGAAUGUGUAGGCUUCGAAGGGUGAUGUUAAAAUAAUUCCAUUUUGCUUGGAUGGGAAUGAAAAUAGAUUUUUAUUAUUAUUUUUAUCAGUGAAUGCACUCCUCCAUAUCACUGAAAGUAUGAAAGGCUUUUCUCUCUUUUAAGCAUGUAUGAAUUUGUUUUGAUGGAGCAAAGUAAUCUGAUUGGGGGAUGUUAACUGUAUGUAGCACCUGCUUUUUAUGGUACCGAAAAGGAAGUAGACGUCUCUGAAUGCAUACUGUUUAUAUUUUAUGUUUACAUCAUUCUAAAGACAUCUUUAGAGCGUGGAUAUUUCAGGUAAAGGAUAACACUAGUUUGUGACUCUUUUCUGAAGUAAGUGGUGGUGGAUGAUCAGGCAGGAUUUGUCAAAACCACCUUAAUAACAUUAAUAAUGUGUUUUCUUUUUUUAAAAUCUAGUUUAUGGGGAUGAUAGUUGGAUCUCCAAAUCUAAUUAUGUGUGCUCUUUACACUGUAGAGUUAUUGCCUCAUGGUAACAUUCAGAAUAUACUGUUUUCUCAUGUAUAGGGGAUUUGUGAUCAGGAUGUGAGGAUACUGUACUUCUGAAAUACUGUAUGCACACACUAUGAACAAUCCAAUCUGAAUUAGCAGUUUAAUGUUGUGGUGUUCUUUGGAGAUCUUACACUAAAUUGGUUAUUCAGUGUUGAGUUUUACUCCAAUUUUAAGUUUAUGGAAUGCAGCAGCAGCAAUAUAAAGCAAAACUAGACCCGAGUUAAUGAAUAGAGACGUGUGCAAUGGAUGACUAUCUGUGUUUGAUGAUAUUUCAGCUCUACAAACAUGUGGUCAAGACGAGACAAGCAGACAUGUUUGUGCUCUGGUAAAAUCGCUUAACGAAUGAUACUGUUUGUACAAAGUAAAUAACACUAAAAAGCUGCUUGAAAACAGAUAGUGUAGUUGUUGUCUAUUUGUUAGUGCAUUUCAAAACUUGUUUCAACUUGGUUAAAACAUCCAGAUACAUGAAUGUGAAUCCUUUUUCUGUUACAAAUACAUAAGCUUAACAAACUAAUUUACUUUUUUUCAUGUUUCCUUUUUUUUUUGCAAAUAAGGUGCCAAGUUUGUGAAUGCUAAAAGUCUUGCAUUAAGUAGAGAUUGGUAUGAAUAAUGCAGUUGGCCAUUGAAAUGUUCUCCCCCUGUUUACCUACAAGUUGAGGUGACUGAACGGUAGUGACUGACUAGUGUGAUUGACUAUGGUGCUGCAUCUCUUUCUUCAGUAACAUCGACCUAUAGAUUGACACACAAGCCAUCACAUUCAUCUUGUGGCCAACGAUGUCUCACUCGGUGCGUAGGUCCAUAAACCUCUUGAGUUUACACUCUAAAGUAAUGCAUAAUAACUGAAGUGUUUAUUUGCAGUUGUGUGUUUUUAAUUUAUUUUUAAAGUAUGGGAAAUAUUUCAUUUGCAGACAGAAGCUUUUUAUUUGUCAGUUACUUAUGAUGAUUGUGAACUGGUUCCAUUUAGAUAUUAACAGUGUUAAAGUUCUGUGUAUAGUGCAACAUAUUAAAAAAAUAAAUAAUAGAUAUCUGAA